AGACACUCCAUAAUAUCUCCAGUCGCUUCCACUGCGACACCCUGAAAUCUCAACACCCAUCACAAAUGGCCACUCUUCCAAUCAUCUCCAAGGCCAUCGUGGUGCUAUUCCUGACCUCGUGGACCUUAACCGCUUUAUCCUUCACGGCCCUGGACGCGCUCAACUCCGACCAAAGCCUGAUCAGCCUGAUCGUCCCUACCAGCCUGCUCACCUUUCUCGUCUGCCGUCUGUUCAUCGCAUCGCAGCCGUCUGAUGGUGCCGGAGCUGGAUCCCCCACGGUCGCGCAAACCAUCACCAGCGCGCACCGCCACUCGCCGCGCAACGCGCUCAUCCUGCUCCUGUUCACCCUCUCCUGGCUCUACGAAUUGCUCUUCAAGUGCUUCGGCAUGUUCAUUGUAACGCUCGUUGGCGGCUUCUUUUUCACGGCCAUCCACAACGAUGCCCUCGUCGCGAAGAACGGGACCGGCGUCAGCGAACUGGAGUCCACGGCGAUGGCGGGGAUGGCCGAUUUCCAGGACAAGACCGGGGUCGACCCCACGCAGAUCAUCAAGGCGAUCCCCCCGCGCGCGCUGCUCUACUGGGUUCUUCUGGUGUGGGUCAACCUGGCGACCUUGGGGCUCUAUAUCUUGCGGCUGGCUUGGAAGUCGCUGAGGAUGGUGCUUGGGGGCCCGAUUGCCGCUCCUGCGGUGGCUGAUGAGAAGAAGGUAGAAUGAGGGAGGCAUUUCGGUCGGGAAACGAUUCAAUGGCUUUCUGUUUUGUUGGCAAUCAUCACAAGACGCGGUAACAGUUGGUGUACAUAUGACUGUUUCACCCGGCCGGGGACCAGGUAGGAGAAGUACUAGCCUUCACUUGGAUCUACACCAUUAAGUCGCCGAGAACACCCACUUUAUAGCCCAUCAUAGACCUCACACCCCAC